CAACAGGUAUUCUCGUUUUACGGGGCCGCACCUGUACACGCUGCGCCGUUUACCUCAGUCGUCGUCUGCGUGACACACAGUGCACACAGCAAUAUAUUUCACUGCGCGUCGGAUUAUUCAUUUAUUAAUUUGUUUAUCACGUUAGUACGUUAAGUAGCGACAGCCAUUUAUCACAAAUUUAAACAGUUUUUAACAAACAUUUUAAUAGUGUGUAUGUGCAAAGAUAACAUUGGAUUACCUUUCAAACACCGGCAAAAAUUAUAAAAAACCAAUAACAAUCAAGGACAUGUCAUCGAGAACGUGAAGGACUGAAAACAAAUAAAAAAAAUUAAAAUGGCGAUAAAGUUAAAUUUUCAGUGCCUAAUUUUGGUUUUGGUGCUAGUGUUUGCAAAUAUAAAACAAUGCAGUGCCCAGGUGGAGGAAAACUCGUGUUUCGGUGCUGGGUCGAUUGCGGCCUCUGUGAUUUUGACGUGCCUUUUUACCGUUUUGCUUAUGAUCGGGAUCGCAUUAGCCUGGAAACGAUACAAGUCCAAACCAGAGCAUCUUAUAUUGGAAACAGAUCCUGAAAAAGGCAAAGGUGAAUUCGCAUUCGACAAUCCAGGUUUUAAAGACACAAGUAUAUUGGCAAUCCCAAAAGCAGUAGAAAAGAAUCAAAAGCUAGAAUCAAAACCAAAAUGGAAUCAAUGGUCGCCAUUAAAUGCUUUAUCGACCAAAAACGAAAAAAGAAAAACCCUAGACGAUAGCGCCAUCGAGGGAAACGAAGUCAAAGUGGUAGCGUUACGUAGCCACGACUUCACAGGUCUAGGAUUUAAUAUUGAAGGAAAUAUGAAGGAAGGAAUAUACAUCAAGGAUAUACUCCAUAGAGGACCAGCUUUUGAAUCUGGAAAAUUAAACUCAGGCGAUAGAAUAAACAGUGUUACCAUUAGCUUCGAGCAUAUGGUAUAUGAAGACGCGUUAACUAUUUUAAGCUACGCUAGUCCUUAUGAGGUUAUAAUAGAAGCUAGAAGUGGAAAGUUAAUACAUCAUACGAGCGGACAAGGUGGUCAACCAAGUCACCCUGUAUAUAGAAGCUCUUCGUGUACAGAUCUAUUCCAAAUGGAAAAAUCCUCCAAAAAACGCCUCUUUGGGGAGGAACACACAGGAUCCCUGAGCUCAAACUAUUCGAGCCUUCAAAAAUCCCGCAGCAAUAUGACAACUUUAGAGCGGAAAGAAUCGAAAUCCCCCAAAAUGCGCACCAAAAAACUUCCAGGCAAACAUUUAAGUCCCGAGCAACUUAAAAUGCAGCUGGAGCAAAGGAUAUCAUCUGACGGGGGACCAAAAGUGAAACCUCAACGUGUUGAUGCUGAGAUGCAAAAAACCGAAGCUAAACACCAGAAGUUUGGGAUUAGAGUGUUGCCGAUGGAUCAACAAAAAAGUCCAAAGUCAUCGGAACAAAACGAAAAUAAUGUUAAUAUAGAAAAACACCAAGUUAUUGAGAUGCCAAUUCGAGGUAUAGAUGAAGUAGACGAGUUAAAAAGCAAGCCACCACAAGCUAAAAAAAGGGAGAAAAAAUUGGAAUCUACUCCAGAAAAAAACGAGGAGUUUGUGAGAGUCGGUUCAGGGAUAAAACGCGACGAAAAUGGAAUACCACAAGAGAUACCGACUCAUAUGCUUAAUGCAGCAGUCGCAGCAAGAAGAAAUAGAAAGAGUUCUGCCGAAGAAAUUGAAAAAGUUGAUAAAAUUUUAGAAAAAGAAGACGACAUGCCUAAAAAAUCCAAAGGUAAAGCCCCUGCACCACCAAUGAACGAAACCAAGUCAAACCUGAACGAAAUACAUUCUCUAAAAGAAGACAUAGAAAUGACAAUUAAUAAGCUGGACUCUGAUGAUACCAAGGCAUAUAACUCGGACUCAGACGUCGAAACAGACAAUAAUUCAUCAGUAAACACAAUAGAACUCAACUCUAGCGAUAUAACAAUUCACCAAACGGAGGAUGAGAAAUGCGAGAAUAGAAAAACUGCCAGUACUGGCGAUCUUACCAAAAUUCAAAAAACAAGAAAGUCUAGCAGUGGCACAUUGGAAAGAGCUCAAUCUUUAGACAUAACAGACACCGGUAUACCCGGAACUCUUAAACGUAAGGCAGCUAAAAUAGAGCUCGACGGGGACGAAGAUUUAGGAAAGAUCAUGUUAAACAAAGAACCAAGACUUUCUUUGAUCUUGGACGGACUCAACACCUUUCAAAGAAACAGAUUGAAGAAAUCCACUGAAUGGGGAAACAUGGAAGAUGCCAUCUUGAAACUAAAUCAAGAGGAUGAAAGAGUGGUUAUUGAUCCUCCAUCCCCGGAAAAAAUGUCGUUUGAUUUCGGUGAAAAAUCACCCGAAUUCAGCGCUUUAGUCAAUAAAAUCAACGAAAUCAAACGGGAAUCAGUUGAAAUUGAAUUGCCCAUUGAGGUUAUCGACUUGUAUAGAGCUGUUGCUAAACAAUCCGAAGUGAAAGUCGAGAAUAACGUCAAGAAUCAAAUAUGGCCAUUUAAUAUUGAUAAACCCAAGAACAAUGGUGGAAUAAAGGAGACGGUUGAAAUUAAAGAAAACAUUGAGGAAAAUAUUCCUGUACAAAUCAAGAAAGAAAUAGUCAAAGAACAGAAGGAAACUACUUUUGAGAGCAAGUUACCCAAAUUGAACUUCAAAACUGAAUCGCACAAAACCAAUGGUGUAAAUAAAAUGGAACUAAAGCCUGCGUAUGAAAGAAGACAACAACAAAACAAAAAAGAUCAAGGAAUGUUUUACCCGCCAGAAUCAAAUGUAGACGACGAACCUAAGAUAAACGUAACCUCUGAAAAAAGACAAAUUAAACCGCCUAGAGUAGUGGAACAUGAAGAGAUAACACUUACGUUGAACCCUGAAAAAGAAAUUAUAAAAAAUAACGAUACAGAUUUUGAUAUUACCGAAAAAUGGGACGUAACAGUCAUAGAAACAUUAGAAGACACCCCCAUGCCAAAGGAACUAUUCGAAACAAUCACUGCAGUACAGCCUCCGGAAAAACACAAACGUCAAAGACAACCAGAUGUCAAGUCGAUAGUAACUUUAAACACGACAGAGGUGAUUCCAGACGAAUUGAAAGUGGUUCUAAACAAAGAGGAAGUAGUUUCAAAUAAACAGGAAGUUGUACCAAUCAAACAUGAAGUGGUUCCACUUAAACAGGAAGUCACAGUUUUGAAUAGCAACACGCCGGAUGAGAGCAAGACGGUGCUAGCGCAUGUUUUUAUUCCAAACUACCUAAAUUUAACUCAAGAUUUUCUCUUCAAUGAGCAGAUGUCAUGCAGUCAAAGUCAGGAUACCAACAUUUCUGACGACAUAAAAGUCUCGAGGCACUCUCACGGAAGCCUGGAGAGGAUUAAAGCGGAAGCAGCCAUUCCGGACGACGCUAAAAGUGUUCAAAAUGUAUCUAGUAUUGAAGUUAAGGAGAACGGUGAUUCGGCUUUGCACAGUUUGGAGUUGAGUAUCAACGAACGAAGCGAUUUUUACACGACUGCGUUGGAUAGUAGCGCUAUGAAUAAUGAUAGUACCGUUACCAUAGUAACGCCUGGUACACAGGAAGUGUUAGUAGGACCUACGUCACUGACAUUUGAGAUUCCUAGUAACGAGGUUACUAUAAAUAUGAACAGUAAUGAUUCUAAGAGUAGUGAUGACAGUAAGAAUAGCACCAUGACUUAUGUAACUGAGAUACAAGUUCUAACGCCGAAUAGCGUGAAAAAUGUUUCCGAGGUUGAGAUUUCGGAUAACAAAAACUUGGAUAACGAGUUUGAAAAGUACGUUAAUAGUUUCGAGUCUAGGAUAGAGGCGGUUGAAACUAACAUUCCGAACUUCGAGACCAGUAUGGAGGAGUUUAUUUCGAACGAACCGAAAAGUAUAGUAAUAGAGCAAAUCGAUCCAGAAAAGGAGUUGCAUAAAAUACAAGAAAUUGCGGAGGAACAACUUAAAAAAUUACCGGAAAUGAGGUUUACGACAAGUUACGAAAGCAAAAUACCCGAGAAAUCAGAAAAAAGACAAUCGCAAAUCGAAUUGCUGCGUUCAAACUUCGAAAAAUCGCCUCCAAAAUCAACAAAAACCGAAACAACCCCUACAAAAUCACGCAUACCGAUCGCCACAACUGGAAAAACCCCACCCAUGUCUCCAGAAAGACGCGACUCCAGAAACUUGGACCUGGAAAACCAAAAAGCAAUCCUCGAACUAAUGCAGUCCAACUCGGUCCACUCAACCCCCAUGAAGUACCAACUUAAAUCCCCCAUCAAAAAUGUCACCGUAACCUCGAUUCGCACCAACUCAAAAAUACCCUCAGGUUUGCCAACGUUCGGAAGCAGACCCCCAAUCCCCCCAAAAAGAAGCGAUUCCACUGAGGAAAACGGGAUUCAAAUCGCAACUAACGGCAACGGCGAAAGCAGCUUUAAACAGUGGGUUUUCAACCCAUCUGGCAACAAUGUCAGUAAUAUUGUUGUGAAAGAGCAAAAGGAAAAAUAAUUUUAAUUUUGAAAAUGACUGUAAAAAGAGCAAUAUUUUUUGUAAAGAAAAUCAAAACGUUGAGUAUUGUGGUGCUGAUGAUAUACACCUUACCUUUCAUUGUUUUAAAUGAAAAACGCUUUUAUUAUUUUAAAUAUUUUAAGAGAUUGCUAUAAAAAGC